CUCUUCACGAUGAAGCUCACAUUAAUUGGUAUAUGUUUCAUUCUGAUAUUCAGGCUUUGUGAAUCAUUGGACUGUACAAACAGAGAUAGCAAGGAGGUCCAUUUGAAAUUAAAGAAGAAAAUGAUUUGUGAUUAUGAUAAGUUCGUGUCACCAAAUCAAGAUGGUCCGAUUAACGUCGUCUUUAAUGCUAUUUUAAAGUCUUUUCAUUUUAGUGACGAUACAAGGACCAUGACAAUUCAGACAUGGCUUUUCAUUUAUUGGAGUGACAAUCGAUUUGCAUGGGAUAUCAAGGAUUAUGAAGGCUAUGAGCAGACUUUUGUGCCAUUUGAUCUACUCUGGGUUCCUGAUAUUGCUUUGUUUGAAUCCGAUGUCAAAGAAGAUUUAAAUUCCUGCACAGUAACAGAUUGCAACAUAUCCUUUAAUGGAACUGUCGAAUGCAUUAUGCCUUGUGAAUUCUCAAUUUAUUGCAGUGAUGCUGAAUAUUCAAAUUGGCCAUUUGAUUACACGAGCUGCAAAUAUUUGUACAUGUCGAGGACAAAAAGUGUAAAAAAGCUGAAUUUUAUUGGAAAUAAAUUGCAAGUCGAUUCCGAUGGUUCAUACCAGAAUGAAGCAUGGCAAUUAAACUCUUUAAGUGGAAUGGUCUUUAAUCAAACGAAUGCUUUAGCCAACACCAACGAGCCUUACUCAUGUGUCAUGCUUACGUUCAUCAUCAAAAGAGACAGUAAAGAAUUUGUCUACCAAGUUAUUAUUCCAGCAGUGCUGAUGAUUUUAAUGAACAUCUUUACUCUUAUUUUGGAUGCGGACAUGAAUGAACGCUGGGUGCUUUACGCAAUUUACUUAUUUUCUCACGAGAUUUAUAACGUACAGCUUCAAUGGAUGUUGCCAUCAAACAGCGAUUCAAUUCCAAAUGUCUUUAAGUACAAUUGUGAUUCAUGCUAUAUCACGGUAGCUUUAAUGCUUACAAGUCUCUUUAUGAAAUUCUUUAGUGAAUCUGAGGAAAAUUCAGAAUUAAUAUUGACAGUCAUUGAUAAGACAAUCAAAAGCUAUCCUGGCCAAUUUAUAAUGAGAAAGGAUAUUCAAGUUUCUGAGAAUCCAGAGAUUAAUCAGACAUUAAUGAAGAAGAAUUUUAAUACCCUGAUUGACAGAGUUCUAAUGGUUCUCUUGAUCAUAAUUUAUGGAUUCAUGUUCUCAACUUUGAUGCCAAAUAGCGGAGCAAAUUUGGAUAAACCAUUUGGAAUAGAUUUCGAGUCAAUUUACUGAUACGAAAAAACAACAUUCAUUAUUCAAAAUAAUCUUUAUCAUUAGAACCGUGUAUCAUGUUACUUACAGCUAUAAUGUUAUUAAAG